UGGGAGGAAGGCUGGCCGGCGCGCGGACUCCGCUCGGGGCCGAGAACCCUGAAGAAGUAAGUCUUCUAGGAACCGGGCGGCGCUGGCGUGUGCUGGCGACGUGGCUUCCGGGGCGGCGGCGGCGCGCUCAGCUAGGCUCACUCCCCGGCCCGUGAUGGAGUAGGGGAACGGCGGUCUUCUGUAGGUCGGCGCCACGCGAGUGGAGCGGUAGCCGCCGGCCGCCGAGGGCAUCCCAGCGUCCGCAUCCCGCCUCUGAGCGCGCUUCGCUCGCCCCGUCCCUGCCCUGUGACGCGGGUGCGGAAGAAAAUCCUGACGGGUUUGUUGGAAAGUCAGUGAAAUCUGCAAAUGGGUCCUUCUCUCUUGGUGGAGAGGACGAGGCGCCUAUCCGGCGUCCCGCGGCUACCUUGACUUUUCUGGGAAGGACUGGGGUGUGAUGCCAGGGAGGCUAUCGAAUCAUAAGCCGGCGUUGUCACACGGCGCUGGGAGCUGAUGUCAGACAUGGCUUCUUUUCAGCAGUGUAAGCUUUCUUUCCCUGAAAGACUUCUUACGUUGGCAUGCAACAUUUGAAAGACAAAUGAGAAUUACAGCGAAUAUAAAGCAGUACUUUUUUUUCAGAACCCUGCUACCUGUGGACUCUGAAAUGGACUUCGUGUAACCUGGCGCGUUAACGGACAAAACAUGAGUCAAUUUGUGUUGUGGCAUUCAAGUCCUAACACUUUGGGAGAGGCUUGCAUCCUGGACUUCUGAAAGAAGAAAACAGGCAGAGCACCAGCAUUCAUCGCCUUGUUCUUCCUGACUGACACAGUGUGAUGAGCUGCGAGUGAGCACCCGAUAUGUCUUGCCUACCUUGGCACGGUGGACUGCACUCUGGAACUGUGAGCCAUAAUAAGUUCCUCUUUUCUUGGGUUGUUUUUAUUAGGUUCUUCAUCACAGCAGCAGGACAAGUAAGUAGGACACCGGCCCAGGCACACUCUUCUCUAGAAAUGCCAGAACUUUCUUCUGAAGCUUUAGGGCCUCUGUAUUUGAGAUUCCUUGCUUGUGAAUGCUCGUCUUCAAUGCCAAUGUGAAUUAAUUACUCAUCUUCAUGUACUUGGGGUCAUUGAGUGGGGCUUUUUCCAACCAUCAUAUUUUAAUUGCAUAACAUCUCCAUUCCAGUUCUCUGCUCUCUUCUGUAUGUAUUCAUCUCAGAUUGACAUCCUCUUCACUAGUAUUUUUCCCAGGACUAAACAGGAACACAUGAGACACUAGAACAUGUUUAUUAAACAGGUGAAUUUAACCUGUACUAAUAGGUAUGUAUAGAUCUGUGCCCAAAACUAAAGUUCUUGUUUUAGAAAAUUACUGUGAAGAAUGAGUUAAAAUUCAUAUUCUGCUUUAUUCUUAAAAAAAAAAAAUACUCGAAGUAGCUGUAGACAGUGUUGGGAAGACAUAUACAGAGAACAAAACAAAGAGUGUAAUUUUUAAACUGGAUAAUGCUUAUAUGCAGAAGGUCCUACACAGUGUCAGCAGUCAGGUCCUACACUGGAGUCGUUGAAAGUUGUCUUCCUCAGGUAUGACCUUACUGGUACAUGGGACAGGUCACAGAUAUUUGAGUCCAGAACCCUGAAAACCUACUUGCCUAGACGGAAGUUUGAAAUUGCUCUUCUGGAAAAACUUUCCUGUGUUAAAUCUCUGCGGGUCUGUUCAUCAUCACAGCUUGCUGCAUCUGAGAGCUGGCGGAUACCAGAACUAGCAGCUGCUGCUGCUGUUAUGUCUAAACAUUUCUGGAGUUGAUGCAAACUGGGUGACUGGAUGUUUUGGAAAGUCAUUUGCCAAAGGUAUUAACAAGCACAUGGACCACUCCAGCUCCUUCUGUUGCAGCCAUGAGGAAGAGAAUCAGUGGGAUGUGAGGAAGUCAAGUUAUAUACAGAGCACCAGAUUAAGAAAAGUUGAAGAUGGUUCCAAAAUGUACGUCCUGGAGGACAAUAAGAUAAUGUUCCCAGAGUAGUUAGUGCAUGGAGUUCAUAAGAGAUGGCUGCUACUGCACAGGCUCUCCGGUGAGAACUGGAAACACAGUCAUUCAAGAGGCAAAGCCUGCAGGCAAAGGAGGCAGCAUCAGAUUACAAAAACAGAUGGCUUGUGUGUCAGAAAAGCACUACUAAGUCUAUAAGCAAUCCUGAAUUAUUGCACUAGAAAAAAAGGUGGGUGGAAGAAACUGAUAGACUCCAGGCAGAGAAGCAAGCUUCAGGCCUCUUUCUGCUGUGAUUGCACAAUGUAUAUGCCCCAAGAAGGAGGAGAAGCUUUUAUUGAAAUAAGAAUCAAGAUCCGUGAAGCACCGGGGACUGUCCUCCUCCCACCCUGGAACACAUGGAAAAGAAAUUUGUCAGAAACCCAAGCCCGGCCAUCAGGAAUAAUGAGUUUCCGAGCUUUCCCUAGACUUCAUUACAUUCGUCUCGUUACACACAUUGAACUUGACCUUUGGGACGUUGCUGAUCCUCAGGAGUUAAAGGAACAAGGCAUCCUACCUGGCUUUUAGGGCGGUAGCUUCCGAGGCCACUGCAAACAUGUAUCUGGUGUGAACUUGAUCCAGAAACAGCCAGGCAGGGGACAAAGUUUAACCAGAGGGAAUAGCUGGCUGCCGGUAGUUUCACGCUGCCUGCCAGGCUUCAGCAUGCCGUUUUAGAGUCCUCUCUUGCAUCAAGCCUCCAUUGCUAUAAUCCUCUGAGUGUUUUCUCAGGACCUGAGUCACCCUCAUGGCACAAUGGCCAACCCUCAGGAGCACCUGAGCUGCUCCUCUUCACCGCACUUGCCCUUGGCUGAGAACAAAACCUCUGGGGGACGAAAUGAGCUUGCAGCCAUGGGGAACCACCCUUCCCCCAAGCCCCCCGAGGACCCGCAGGACAGGGGGGCUGUGCAAUCAGAGCUGAUGGAGCUCACUGGGAGCCCUGUCUCCACAGCAGUGCUGACCAGCGUGAGCGAGGAUUCCAGGAGCCAGUUUGAGAACAGUGUUCUUCAGCUAAGGGAACAGGAUGAAUCAGAGAUGACUGUGUCGCCGGGGAACAGCACCACUGUGGAUGGAGAGAGCACGAACGGGCCUGAAGACAUCAAGAUUCAGUUCAGCAGGUCAGGCAGCGGCAGCGGAGGGUUUCUGGAAGGGCUGUUUGGAUGCCUCAGGCCUGUGUGGAACAUCAUUGGGAAGGCCUACUCCACUGAUUACAAGCUGCAGCAGCAAGAUACUUGGGAAGUGCCAUUUGAGGAGAUAUCAGAGCUGCAGUGGCUGGGUAGUGGAGCCCAAGGAGCUGUCUUCCUGGGCAAAUUCCGAGCAGAGGAGGUGGCCAUCAAGAAGGUGCGAGAACAAAAUGAGACGGACAUCAAGCAUCUGAGGAAACUGAAGCACCCUAACAUCAUCGCCUUCAAGGGUGUGUGCACGCAGGCCCCGUGUUACUGUAUCAUCAUGGAGUACUGCGCCCAUGGACAGCUGUAUGAGGUCCUGAGAGCCGGCAGGAAGAUCACACCUCGGCUGCUCGUGGACUGGUCCACGGGGAUUGCCAGCGGGAUGAACUACCUCCAUCUCCACAAAAUUAUACAUCGUGACCUCAAGUCACCAAAUGUUCUAGUGACUCACACAGAUGCAGUCAAAAUUUCAGAUUUUGGUACAUCUAAGGAGCUCAGUGAUAAGAGCACCAAGAUGUCCUUUGCUGGCACAGUUGCGUGGAUGGCACCUGAGGUGAUCCGGAACGAGCCUGUCUCUGAAAAGGUUGACAUAUGGUCUUUUGGAGUGGUGCUUUGGGAGCUGCUGACAGGGGAGAUCCCCUACAAGGAUGUGGACUCUUCGGCUAUCAUUUGGGGUGUUGGGAGCAACAGUUUGCAUCUCCCAGUUCCUUCCACUUGCCCAGACGGAUUCAAAAUCCUUAUGAAACAAACAUGGCAGAGUAAGCCUCGCAACCGGCCGUCCUUCCGCCAGACCCUCAUGCACCUGGACAUCGCGUCUGCGGAUGUGCUUGCCACCCCACAAGAAACAUACUUCAAGUCUCAGGCCGAAUGGAGAGAAGAAGUGAAAAAACACUUCGAGAAAAUCAAAAGUGAAGGGACCUGUAUACACCGAUUAGAUGAAGAACUGAUUCGCCGGCGCAGGGAAGAGCUCAGGCAUGCCCUGGAUAUCCGAGAGCACUAUGAGAGAAAGCUUGAGCGCGCUAACAACCUGUACAUGGAACUGAGCGCCAUCAUGCUGCAGCUGGAAAUGCGGGAGAAGGAACUCCUCAAGCGAGAGCAAGCAGUGGAAAAGAAGUAUCCUGGGACCUACAAACGACACCCUGUCCGUCCAAUAAUCCACCCAAAUGCCAUGGAGAAACUUAUGAAACGGAAGGGCACGCCUCACAAGGCGGGGGCGCAGACUAAGCGGCCAGACCUGUUGCGAUCUGAAGGCAUCCCGAGUACAGAAGCAGGUCCCACUGCAUCGCCUCUGUCUGGAAGCCCCAAGAUGUCCACCUCAAGCAGCAAGAGCCGAUAUCGAAGCAAACCACGUCACCGCCGAGGGAAUAGCAGGGGCAGCCAUAGUGAUUUUGCAGCAAUCUUAAAAAGCCAGCCAGCCCAGGAAAAUUCACCCCACCCCACCCACCUGCAUCACGCUCAGGCUCAGUGUCCUUCUGUCCAUCCGCACGAUCCUCUCCAGCAGCAAAACCAGCAUCUCCCUCCUGCCCUGCCUCAGAGCCGGCACCCCAGACUCAACACACAUGGGCAGGACAUUGCGACCUGUGCCAAUAACCUGAGGUACUUUGGCCCGGCAGCAGCCCUGCGGAGUCCGCUCAGCAACCAUGCUCAAAGACAGAUGCCUGGCUCCAGCCCCGACCUCAUCUCCACAGCCAUGGCAACAGACUGCUGGAGAAAUUCUGAACUCAGCCAGGACCAAGCCAGACCCUGGGGCUGUUGUCAGGCUGAACCCUACGACCCCUGUUUCCAGUGCAGGCCGGAACACUCUGGGUCUUUAGAUGUUCCCACUACUGAGCCAGUGGGGAGGAGCCCAGACCGGUCCAGUUCACCAGCACACAAUCCUCUUUCAGGGAACGCCCAAAGCUCCGAGAGAAUGGAGGCAAAUGGAUUCAGUGGCUGUCAGUCUGGUGUUUCUCAUCAAUUCACACCCCCAAUGCUACCUCAAAAGACACGGCCCCCUCAGAAGAGUGGAGAUGACUCCUCAGAGGAGGAAGGCGAAGUGGACAGUGAAGUGGAAUUUCCUCGAAGACAGAGGCCCCACCGCUGCAUCAGCAGCUGCCAGUCCUACUCAACCUUCAGCUCCGAGAACUUCUCUGUGUCUGACGGGGAGGAAGGAAACACCAGUGACCACUCGAACAGCCCGGACGAGUCCGCCAACAGACGGGAAGACCGCCUGGCCCAGAAGCUGGACGACCUGCUGUCCCAGACCCCCGAGGCCCCCAUCGACAUCUCCUCCCACUCAGAUGGGCUGUCGGACAAGGAGUGCGCUGUAAGGCGCGUGAAGACGCAGAUGUCCCUGGGCAAGCUGUGCUCCGAGGAGCGUGGCUACGAGAACCCCGUGCAGUUUGGAGACUCAGACUGUGACUCUUCAGAGGGGGAGUGUUCUGAUGCCACAGUUAGGACCAGCAAGAACUACAGCUCUGCCACUUGGUGACAAGGGCCCUCCCUCAGGUCUAGAGACACUGGCAUCUCCACUCCUCUCCAGCACUAGACUCCUCCCUCCUGCCUCUGUCCGGGAGGAGUGGCCCAGUCCCAGAAACAAGCCGCAGUGGCAGGAACUGAGACUUGUCAAAUCUCUGGAAAAAUACCCAAAUGAAAUUACAUCUCACUGAGCAUUUCAAUCAAGAAUGGCAGGGAUCUAUUGUACCGAAUACUCCAGCUACUGUAACACUGAUAUUUAUUUUUGUUGGACAUUUUAACACUUUGUAUUGUAAAGAGUGAACUAUAUAUGAUACACAGACACAAUAAUUUCUUUACAAAAAAAAAAAAAGGGAUAGGAAAUGUUGCUCUCCAGGAGCAGCAUAUAUGGGGCUGGGAGGUGUCAUUGUAGCUUGAACGCAAGACCGGGUCUUUCGUCCAUACUUGAAGAGUUGUAACCAGUUUCAGCAAGUUAAAACACAAGCCAAAGGAAAUGCAGCCACAUAAAGUUCAACCAGCUUGUCCACUUGAGGGACGGGAAUGCCCCGGAAGAGGAGCAAUCUCAUAGCACCAAAGCCUCGGAGGGCAUGUGCUCCCCCUAGGAGGAAAGCAAACAGAGCUGUGGCUGCACACCUGGAAGCCAUUUCACUUGAACGUUAAGCAGAAUCUGGUAGCCCUUAGCAAAUGCUUUUCUUUUCAUGCUGCCACCGUCACAACCUUGACCAGUACAGGCUUUCGGACCCGAGUGCCAUUUCUCCCAAGGAGCUCCCUUCCUUUCUGACGGUUUGGUCACUUCUUUUAGGAAGGGAAAUGGGUCCUGAAAGGGAUAAAGCGGUGAGGAAAAGAGGAGUGUUGGAACACUAGGAAAACAGACCUAUAAAAGCUCCUUCUCGGGACAGCUGUGUCCAAGCUCUCUGAGCAAGAUGGCGCCACCCCUCUCUGGACCCAGGCUGUCUACCGACUGGAAUAAUAUUGAUUCACACAGAUGGCAGCUAGGAUGCGUGCAUUCACGUCCCCUCCCAAACCAUCUUUAUUUCUGUUUGUGAUCUCAUUCUAGCUUGGAAGCUUUGCUGGCUGUCUAAUUGCAGCAUAAAAGGCAGAGUUAAGCAGCCUGCAGAAGGUGACCCCUCUCACCGUAUUUUCUUUAAAUGCUACUUGUAAAAAACAUUUUUUUUUUUCAUUCUGAAUCAAUACAGUUUUGUUUACUUGGAUUAGGAAAUGUGUAGAAGGAACAGCUGAUGCUGAGCAGGAAUUAGAAUCACUUUAGUUUCUCAAAAGCAUGUGAUUCUUCCUGUGUUCAGAGUCCUUGGCUAUGAAGGGUACCCCAAAGGUACUUUGUGGAGCCUUGGCUUGAAGCAGGAAGGGUGUCCUAGCCCCCUGAGGGCUGGGGUCACAGGUGGGCACUGUCAUGCCUGGCUUAAAGACGUUUGUCUAGAAUUUAUAUACACACACAUGGGCCCGAUUCCUAUGUCUCCAAUGCAGGCUUCUGCCAAACAACAUCCCUCACUGGCUAGGUGUUGCAUCCUGUAAGGAUGUUAGGUAUUAAGACAUUCCAACCCAAAUGGGAAGGUCCUGGGCCUGGUGUCACUGACUGCAUCAGCCAAAAACAAAAUGCAGGAGGGCACUUAGAGCUGGUCUUCUGUUUGAUCCCUCCUUUGUUUACAAUUUAUGUUGAGACAUUGAUUUUAAAUUUUAAGUCUAUAAUUUUUAGCUCAUAGGAAAGAUGAAGGAACAUGUCCUUAGAAAGCAGUAUUGUUUUGUUAAAUUAUUCCAUUUUGUAUGAACUGUAGCAGGACUACACAGAAGAGCUUAAGUUAUGGCAUUAUUAUCCUUGUUUUAUUUUAUAUUGUCAUAAUUUUCUGUUGACCAGAAGGUGUGGCUUAUGAUGUAGCACAAUGACUGUUUAUUGCUAAUCGUGAAUUAUAAUGGACUUUUGUGGUCCUAAGUGAAGGCCCGGGGACUGAGCUGCCCUUUGGAGCGCUGGCAUUCCUCAGUGUAUUCCCUGGUCUCCUGAAUACUGCAGCGGUGGUCUGCAGAGGUGUGAUCUGCCCUGACACUCAGUGGGUACACUAUGAUUUUUUUUUUUUUUACUUGAUUGUAAAAGCUCCUGAAUAUGCAGAUGACCAAGUAGAUAAACAAGUAGUUCAAAAGUUACAAACUUUCUAAAAUGUCUUAGAAAUAAAAUCACGGGAGUAUAAUGGAGGCAAAAGGAGAUUUAAUGUUCAGACGGCAAGACAGAGUGUUUCCUUGAAGACCUGUGAGGUAAUUUCAAGAGUGGACAGCAGAGUGAGUUGUCUCCUUCCCGCUGAGUCCCACAGAUGGGGGAGAGCAGAAAGACUAGCGCUGUACAAGUCCAGCUGUGAUGUGCUUCUGUGACAGACAUGUUCUGAGAGCACCGGGGUCACAGGGCUGGAGAAGGUCAGAGGCACUGCUCCUCGUCCUCCAGCCUCGGGGCCCUUAUUCCUUGGAAUUGAGACUCUUCCUGUCCACCACAGAGCAGAGCCAGGCGUUUGUCACGUUGUGUGCACACCUUACUGGCCACAGUGAAACAUGAAGGCCAACUUCUGUCUGGUCCUCCCAGGAAACCCACCCGAUACCUCAGUCUUCAUCAGCAUUCUGAGUUCCCACCCUGCCUGUGUGCCACACCGAGGCCACCAUACCUGGAUGAAGGGGUAUGGGCAUGCCGGGGGUGCGGUGCUGACUCCAAGCAUUCUCUGUAGCAUUAGGAUAGGAGAGUCAACACAUUGUUAGGAGAAUUGUCACGGUUUCAGAAAAGAAUGGAUCUAAGCAAGGCUGAAAGGGAAAAAUAGUCCCUACCUGCCUCUCCUCCACGGCCUGCCUGUGAGAGCCAGGCAACUCAGAUUGCGUGUCUCCUUAAAAGCACCAUAGCCGUCAGAAGAACACAGAGAGGAGCUCAGGGAACGCAGGGGCCAGUUCUUCAGCGCGGUCAGCUGCCGCCACGCUGUGGUGCUCUGAGGAGCCUUGCCGGGCUGCUUUCAGGCUUCCUCCCUGAUUGAACGGGUGUCUUCGUCCAGCUGGUUUUGACUGCCUACCAAGACGAGUUUCAUUUUGUACUGCAAUCAAGCACUGGAUUUUUCUUUCUGUUUGUCUAGAUCAUGUCCCUGAGUAAAAAAAAAAAAAAAAUCCCUCUUAAAAUUGCUCAGCAGGGGAUGGGGAAGGCCUGCACACUCUGAAGCAUCCCCCCCCCCCCAACACUAAGUAUAGAGCCAGCUGCAGGACUGUGGAAGCACCCACCCAGGACAGUGGAGGUGACGUAAGGUGACCUGGGUGGCCUGUGUGAAAACUGAGUAUUUUAAGCCUUCAGCUCCACCAAAUUAAUCCUGGAAUUAAAGUCAUUCUGAGUAAGUGCUGUCUAGUAGUUCUGCAGGGCCCCACUGUGCUAAACUACGGGUGAUGGAGGCAAUGGGGGAGGGGGGUUCCGUGUUGGUGUCUCAGGCUCAUCAGGCGCCCCUCAAGGUAGCCUUGACAUCUUCCCAGUGGGAAUGUGUGCCCAUUGAUCUGCUGGUUUACUGCUUUUUCUCAUGCCCUCAUCUCAAAUGUUUUUAAUCAUAUCUAUAUUUUUAGAAAUCUUUGAGAACUUUGUACAUGUAUGCAGUGAAGUGUGAUCCUCUUCUGUCCAUUCCCCCUCCAUAUCCGAUCUAAAAGAUCCCCCUCCCAACCUCAUAUUCCUGUUUGGUGGGGCAGAGGCUUUUGUCUUGUGGUUGUUGUUUUGGUGACUAACUCCAGUUAGUGGCCCCAUGUGUGCACGUGUGUGGGCCAUCCACUAGAGUGUGGCAAAUUAACAGUGGGUCACUUCCACAAAAAGAGUGCAUCUCCCUCCCCCAACAGCUGUCACCUGUCGGUAGCCCAAUAGGCGAAGGGCCUGGAGCUCUCCUUCCCAUGUCCAGUUUUCUUUUUUAAAAACAAUCAAAUCCAAGGACUUCUCGCCGCGCUCCGCAUCUACCAUGUUUCUUUCUCCAUAUGCCCCACACACCAGCCCUGCACCCCACACCACGACCUGCAUCAUUUACCGAGCGCCGUGUUGCCCCCUGCUGAGCCCCGCUGCACCCCAGAGCAGAGCGUCACUCACCUCUUGCUGGAACUGGUGUGCAAGGUGUUCAUUAGCCCGGCCCCGUGCUCAUAAUUGUUCCCUAAAGAUGAUCCGAGAUCUUGCAUUCCCUGAUGGGCGAGUACAGGACCCUGCCAGCAGUCUCCCUACAGACCCCCACGGCUGGCAGGGAUGUGCCAGGACAGGCACGGGCCGCUUGCCUUUAUUCCCUCCCUUUGGACCGCAGUCCUGUUGACUAACCAGCAGUCCCAUCUCUUUGCCCACUCCACUGAAUGUGAGCACACUCUCCCCCGUCUGUGGACAGAAGGUUCAGGUGUGUAAUCCGUUACUUGCUUCCUCCUGAGAUGCUGUGAGAAUGAUGUGAAAUUUUUGUAAAGACUUUUCUUCAACUGUCAGUAUGGACUCAGUGCCUUUCCAGGCAGCAAGGUUUUUCUUUGCUGAUGCCAUAGAACAAAUGUCCCAAUGUCCUCACCUCCCUCUACACUGGCCCACUGGACCUGUUGAUUUGGUUAUCUGCAUGGCUUAAUUGGCACUGCAAAUGCCCAUUCAAACAAGGAAGCUAAACUUCAUCCUGCUAAGGGAAGGGCCCGGUGGAACCUAGAGUAUUUCUCAGGGACAGGUGGCUGAAGAGGGUAGCUCUCAGAAACGGGGAAAGAGUUGGGUCAGGCUUUGGGAAACGCCACGUGGCAAAGGUGUGAUGGCAGGAUUUCGGCCAGUGCCACACCCUCAGCAUAUGGCAAGGCCACUGUAAGGAAGCUUCCGGCAGGAUCGCAGUCUUGCUUUCCAGGCCACUGUGUAGCGGGAUGGGUCACUGUCGUCUGGCCCCGGCUGCUGUCCAGCCACGUGUGACCACCCCACCCCAGUGGUUGCCCGCCUCCAGAGUUCCACUCCCCAGAGCAUGGGAAGCCCUUUGCGUCUUUUUAAUGUAUGCACUGUCUGCUCACUCUCUCUUCCUCCCUCCUUCCCUCUCUCUUCUCUAUCUCUCCUCUCUGAUUAUUUAUUACAGUGAGUUCCUAUUGAUUUAGAGCAAAUGGGUUUCUUUCAAUACUUAAGUCUCAUAUGAACUCCCACAUCUCUCUCCCCUGUAGUCUCCUGAAUUCCUGGGUCCCCUGCUCCGUGACGUUUUCUGAUACUGGCUCUGUGUUUUGUGCUGAACAGCAAUGGGAACAAGAAUGAUUAUGAAAACAAACCAAUGCAUGAAAUUAAACAAAAGUACACCUUA